AUGCCCGUUUUGGAGCAGUUCAGGAACUUUAUCAGACACGGAAAGGCAGCUCGCGAAGCGCCAGACGGUCAGACUAACGACCCUACUGCAGGCUCUUCAAUCCACGCCCAAUCCGCCGAAAGCUCCUCUUCUUCACGGAACCACUCAACAGCAGCAGCCUCGGGCUUCGCACCCCAAGACAAGGCCCUGCCAGUCCCAGCUUCCACCUCGCAGACCCACGCUGCUGCCGCCUCCCCCGCCACUGCACCGUCCACAGCAUCCUCAUCAACAGCAAAGCAACAGACCCAGGCAGAUCAGUCUCGCGAUAUGAAGCAGUCCACCAACGGCAAUCAUGCCGGCGUUCCCGUUGCCAACUCCUACAAGGGCAGCUCCGCCAACGAGCAAUACCAACGCGAGGCCGAGCGCAUCGUUGCCGAGGAGCGUGAGGCUUCCGACAAGAUGCCCUACUACGAGGGUCUCAGCGAGCGAUUCCAGCUCAUCAAGAAGAUGGGCGACGGCGCUUUCUCCAACGUCUACAAAGCGAGAGAUCGUCAGACCGGCCAGAAGGUCGCCAUCAAGGUCGUCCGCAAGUACGAAUUGAACAGCAAUCAGGAUCGACUUGAUCCCAACUUCAGAAAGAAGAACCGCGUCACAGAGCGCGCAAACAUCCUCAAAGAAGUGCAGAUCAUGCGUAAUCUCAAGCACGACGGUAUCGUGGAGCUCCAAUCGUUCUCGGAAUCGCGCGAGCACUACUUCCUGGUGCUCGAGCUCAUGGAGGGCGGCGAGCUGUUCCAUCAAAUUGUCAAGCUCACCUACUUCAGCGAAGCUCUUGCACGCCACGUCAUCCUGCAAGUCGCACACGCCAUCCGAUACCUUCACGAGGAGCGCGGUGUCGUCCACCGAGACAUCAAGCCCGAGAACCUGCUGUUCGAGUCGAUCAAGAUCAUCCCGUCCAAGCAUCCCAUCCAGCGUCCUUACGACGAGGAGAAGGAGGAUGAGGGCGAGUUCAUGCCCGGCAUCGGUGGCGGCGGUAUUGGUCGAGUCAAGAUUGCCGACUUUGGUCUCAGCAAGGUCGUUUGGGAAGAGAGCACCAUGACGCCUUGCGGUACGGUCGGAUACACCGCGCCCGAGAUUGUCAAGGACGAGCGCUACUCCAAGUCGGUCGACAUGUGGGCGCUCGGGUGUGUGCUCUACACACUGCUUUGCGGCUUCCCUCCAUUCUACGAUGAGUCGAUCUCGGUGCUGACGGAGAAGGUGGCCAAGGGCUACUACACCUUCUUGAGCCCCUGGUGGGACGACAUCAGCAAGUCGGCCAAGGACCUGAUUACACAUCUGCUCUGCGUCGACCCAAGACAACGAUACACAAUCGACGAGUUCCUGCGCCACCCAUGGUGCAAUGUCAAGGACCCGAUCCCGGACCUCAACUCGGCGGACAUUGCUCUGGCCAAGGCAUCCGAGAUGCCGCUCGACUCGCCACUGUUGGCCUCGAUGAAGUCGGGCAACGCUGCUCGCAAUGCCAUGAUGUCGCCCGGCAUCAACCGACUCAAGGAGGCGUUCGACGUCACCUAUGCCGUCCACCGCAUGGAGGAGGAAGGUGCACGCAAGCGCGCUGGUGGCAACAACCCGCUCGGCGAACUCAACGAGGAGGACGAGAGCGACGAGGCCGACGAGGCUCGCAGAAAGUACGGCGAUGCAGCUGGCAAAGCUGUCGAGCAGCAGCGCGGUGCUCGCAACAAUGGAGCUGCCCAAGCCCCGACACAGCAACGCACUGCGCCUCCGCAACAACAACAGCAGCCGCAACAGCAAGCGCAGCAGUACCAAGGUCGUGGCGGCGCCGACCGUCGUCUGGCCGAAGCAGCGCUCUACGAUGGCCGUGCAGGCCCGCGCGACCGUGGCCAGAACUCGAAUCGCAAGCGCGGCUUUGAGCUCAACAUGGGCAACGCAACGCUGCUGGGCCGCCGAAACAAGGCCGGGGCCGCUGGCACGCCCCGCGUCGACAACUUCGGCAACCCCAUCAUCGACGGCGCCCACGCUGCUGGCGUUAUCCCCGGCAGCCCCAUGCGCGUCGACUAG